AUGUUGACUUCACUGAGCACACGUGGUGGUUUCAUGAAAUCUGCCUCUGUGAUCUCACCGAAUCAAAUCAUAACCAAAAUACCAAUGAGAUUUCAAUCUUCGUUUACAUUUUUAAAUAAUCAUAAUUUGAUACUCAAAAAACAAGCAAAACAAUCAAAGAGAAGAAAUAAACGUCUAUCACCAACCGUGACUACGACUUCGAAAUAUCAUCAACACACACCUUUUACCGAUCUAUCUGCUGGUUCAAAUAAUCCUAAGGUCUUAGCGGGACUAAGCAAGAAAUACAAAUUGUACUCAUUACCAAGAGUCCCCAGCACAAGACAUUUAGAUCGUGAAUCUAUAAAUUUAUCUGCAUUAUAUUCGGGUUAUAGGCCGAUGUUUUUCAAUCCGAAACAUUUGGAUGCCUCUAAUAAUACUAAUACUAGUACCUUAUAUGAGUUUUCAAUGAAUCUUGAAGAACCUAAUUCUAUGUGGUAUAAUUCUGCAGCAGGACUAGAAACAUUCAACGAAUGGGACAAUAUACCAACUUCUGUGAUGAAGGAGUUGAAACCUUUUGUUCCGCCAGCACCUGUUAAUAUUAAAAAAACAUCACAGGUUACAAUUGAUACAUUAGCAAAAGAAGAAGAAUCCCGUUCAACUACUUUACAAGCAGAUCCUGCCGCAUUGCUUGAACAAGUGUCUGGCUUAUUACAAAAGAGAAGAGGAAGAAAGAAACCAGUGUUUACAUUAAUCCACACCAAGAAGUAUCCCCAUAACUAG